AUGGACCGCGACACAGGGGAAGCAGACGCUUCAGCGCCUGGCAUGAAUGCGACCCUGCCGCGGGCAGACAAGGCUGGAGCUGCUCGUUCAAACGCGGCGCCAACGACCACAUCAUUCACAUUAGCCCCUGAACCGUGCCAAGAGCCGCCCAAAAAACGGGUAGCUCUGACGACACUGCCUGGUGAGGCAUCGAAACGAGAGCCGAUCCUUCUCAACGGUGAACCUGCACCUGCCAAGGAGCCUGCACCUGCCAAGGAGCCUGCACCCGCCAAGGAGCCUGCACCUGCCAAGGAGCCUGCAUCCUGUCAAGACGCAGACCACAAACAAGCCAAAGAAUCCGCACGCGAGUCCUCAGAGACCUCCAGAAAGCGACGACGCAGUCCUUCGCCAAUAGAUCCACUGUCUAUGCCCAAGCCGCCUAGACCCACCAUCCGCCUUCAGCUCGUGCUCACUCAUAAUCCGACAAAGGACACGGACUAUAUCUUCCAAAUCCCCCGACUGGCGGUCGAGCAGCUCGAAGACCAGCACUCAGACUGGGCCGCUUGGUACAAAGCCAUGUAUCUCGAUCAAAACACAGCAUCAUCGUCGCACGAAGUCGGUCUAUCAGCCCAAGAACUACGUGAUCUUGGUGGCUUGGCCAAACUUCUGCAAAAAUACCCAGCCCAUGGCCCAUCCACACAGCUCUCACGUAAACGACAGGCCACGGAAUACGAUGUUGGCUCGUAUGAUACCAAGGACCCCUUUGUCGAUGACUCAGAGCUCGGAGUAGAUGAACCGACACACACCGUACGCACCAGCAAAGAUGGCUUUUAUGUCGCUUCAGGCCGCGUCGAAUUGGCCCCGGCCAGAGCCAGCACUCUCAUCUCGUCCCAUGCCACGUCGGCUUUCCGCACGGGCCCCACUUUUAAUCGCGGAUGGGCCGCUGGACGCACAAACAAGCUCCUUGCUAAGCGUGCUGCGUCCCUCCGACAGCAGCAACGAGCAUUGCCGGUCAAGGAGACAUCCGAAGCGGUACUUCCCCCACCCGAACCAGACUUGGCGCCUCCUAUGACCGCACCCGAGUCAGUGCAGACGUCGGUACCCGACGCUACCGAGAAGAAAAAGAACAAAUACCCCACAAGGCCGGUGCAUCCACAAUUGCAAGGCAUGUUCGAUCACCUCAAAGCCCUCGUCAGCAAGGCGAGUUUUGCUGUCAAGACCAAGUUUCCACCGGAGCUCAAGCCACCGCUUGUGGAAACGGCCAAAGUCGCAGUUGAGCUAGAUGAGUACAACGACAACUUCUUCAAUUAUUUACCGUCGAUUUUCCCGUACAAUCGCUUCACCAUGAUGAAACUCACCAAGCGUGAAUUUUUCCACAAGCACAUGGAGUACUUUCGGGAUCUACAGGAAGAGCACAUCGAAAAGCUCUCAAAACUCAUUGAUGAGCAGUUCCCUGUCCAGGCAUCAGAGUACGAAGCUCUUUGUCGAGAACAUGGCGUAGAGGGCAAAGAUAAUAAUGAUCACCAAGGUGUGGACGAAGAAAAGGUCGGAGACACAAGCGUUCCGGUGGCCGAGACAGAUGAACUGGUCAGACGAUUUCGAUGGACUGAUGAGAUGCGUGAAGAACUAUUUACCAUCAUUACCGUCGAAAAUGCCAUGAGCGAGAUCCGUAACGAAAAACUCAAGCUCGAGAAUGUGCCUGACUCCUACAGCGAGAUUAAUGCUCGCAAAGCUAUGUAUAAGCGCAUCGCAGACCUAUUUCCCGAAGAGGGAUGGGUCAACACGACGCACGUCUCGCGCGAAUAUGGCUCGAUCAAGAAACGCCGCGAUCGCGAAGAUGACUUGGAAGAAGACGAAUGA